AGCAGCGAUAGCUGCAUCGAUAGACGCCCCCAGCGUGGACACCAGCGCCAUUAAAAGUCUGAGGCCAUCGUUCGCUGGUACGCAACUGGCAGUUGUGUGCCUGCCGCCCGUGCAGGCAAGAGCCCUGCUCAUGGUGGGGAAACUUUAAGUCGGAUGGACAAGCUGUAGGAUCCGGGAGCGGACAGCUCAACGACGAUGCUACAGGUGUCUGGAGUUUGGGCAUCUAGCAAUCAGGUGCAAGAGCGCGGUGGAUCGCACCGGAUGCUGCCUCAGAUGCGGCGUGAACGGGCACAAGGCGGCAACCUGUCAAAGCGAUCCGCGGUGUUUCAUCUGCACCGCUAACAACAGCAAUGAGACGAACCAUUAUGCGGGUAGCAGGAGAUGUCCAGCAGCCAGGAGCGUGCCCAGCUUGCCGGCCCAAUAAUGAAGGUUAUGCAGCUCAACCUCAACCACUGCGCUGCGGCUCAAGACCUGCUGAGCCAAUCCAUAAGAGAAUUGGCAAUUGCCCCCCCCAUCCUCAGCGAGCCAUAUCAAACUAGGGAGUCCCCUGGGUUCAUCUUGGAUGCCACCAAAACGGCCGCGAUAUGGCUAUGCGGGGCCACGCCAUUGCAGCUUUCCCUCUCAAGCGCUGCUGCUGGGUUUGUGCGCGCCAAGGUCGGAGGUACUCUAGACAACCUAGCGGCUGAUGCUAGAGGACGUCACCCAGUAGCCAUUGGAGGGGACUUCAACGCGUGGGCUGAGGAGUGGGGAAGCGUGGCGACGAAUGCGAGAGGUAGAGCUCUGCUGGAGAUCAUUGCGCCCCUGGACAUCGCGCUCCUCAACGAGGGAAACAAGCAUACCUUCUCCAGAGCAUGAAUAGGAUCGGUCAUCGACCUUACAUUUGUCAGCAGCUCACUUUUUAAUUCAUCGGGCUGGAGCAUCAGCAACAUCUACACAGGGAGCGACCACAGGGCAAUUAUAUGGGACACAGGCCAACAGACGUCUAGC